UUUCCUGUAGUAGAGAGGUGGCAAGAUGGCGGCGGAGCCUAUUAAGACCGAAAUUCUCACCAUUUUUAAAAGGCUGAGAUCAGUUGCAACAAAUAAGGCUUGUUUUGACUGUGCUGCUAAAAACCCAAGUUGGGCAAGUAUUCCAUAUGGAGUCUUUCUUUGCAUUGACUGCUCUGGGAUCCACCGCUCAUUAGGGGUCCAUCUUAGCUUCAUAAGAUCCACUGAACUGGACUCCAACUGGAACUGGUUUCAGCUGCGAUGUAUGCAGGUUGGAGGAAAUGCCAAUGCUAUGGCAUUUUUCCGGCAACAUGGAUGCACCACAAAUGACACCAAUGCGAAGUACAACAGUCGCGCUGCACAGAUGUAUCGGGAGAAGAUUCGUCAGCAGGCCAAUGCUGCUCUUUCAAAAUAUGGGAGUGAGCUGUGGAUUGAUGCAUCAGCAAACACACAGACUCCAGCACCUGAAAAGAAAGAGGCUGAUUUCUUUGAAGAGCAUUCUCAGCCCACCAAUUCCUGGGAGAUGGCUUCUCCUGCUUUGUCAGAACAGAAUGGAGCGGACACGGCAGUCAGUCAUGUACUGGAGCAAGAGGGCCCUAAAGACCCAGAAAGAGCCAAUACCCAACCAGACGUUGGUCCAAGCAUUGAAGGUCUCGCCAUUGAUCCCAAAGCAAGCAUUGAUGACUCAAUGCGUUUGGCGUCUGAUGAGCCACACCAGUCCAAAGAUGUGAAAUCAUCACUCAUUGGAAAGAAGAAGCCUACAACAACAAAGAAAGGGCUUGGAACCAGGAAGGGCCUGGGGGCCCAGAAGGUGAGCAGUAAGAGCUUCACAGAGGUGGAGAAACAAGCCCAGGUGGCGGAGAAGCUCCGAGAGGAGCAGCAGGCCGAGGCUAAGAAGCAGGCCGACGAGUCCAUUGUGGCCUCCAUGCGCUUGGCGUACAAGGAGCUGGAGAUUGACAGGAAAAUAGAGGAGAAGAAAAUCCAAAACCUGGAAGGAAAGAAGAAAGAGCAGGCUGAAAGACUGGGCAUGGGCUUCGGCCAAAGGAGCGCGGUGUCCCAUUCUGUGAUGUCGGACAUGCAGGUGAUUGAGCAGGAGACCCCAGUCGGAGCCAAGUCCUCUCCACGAUCUAAGCUGGACAUGUUCGAAGAGCCAGGGUUCACAUCUGGACCUCCCAAAUACAAAGACAACCCGUUCACUGCGGGCGAUGCAUUCUCCUCACGCUGGGACUCUGAUACAGGCUCCUCAUCCUUCACCUCCUCCUGGGCUCUGGAGAAGGAGGAACCCAAGGAGAGUGAAGUCACCAUAUCUAGCAUCCAACCUAUUGGAGAGAGGUUGCCCAGUCGACGAAAGCCUGAGGCAGCGGCCCCAGUGGCAGAGUCCAGUGAGGCCCGGCAGAAGUUCGCCAACGCCAAGGCCAUUUCCUCUGACAUGUUCUUCGGACGGGAGGCCAAUGCCGAGUAUGAAGUGAAGACACGGCUGGAGGGCAUGUCCGCAAGCACAUCCAUCAGCUCGGCUGAGCUGUUUGGGGACGGGAGUAGCCACCCACCCGCAGGUGCAGCAGGCUUUGACAGUGUGCUCCCCUCUGGACCUGACAUCGCUCAGUUUAAACAGGGUGUGAAAACAGUUGCUGGAAAGAUGGCUGUUCUGGCCAAUGGAGUCAUGAACACCAUACAGGAUCGUUACGGAUCCUACUGAAAGGAGAGAGAAAGCUUCUGCUGAAAGCCCCACAAUGCUGACUGCCAGAUCUCAUGUGUUCAUUCAGACAGAGGGCGCAAGAGCAAGAGACAUUAAAGAGCACUAGGCACGGGAUGAUGACUAUAUCGACUCCCCCAGUCUGCCUGUCCUGACCUCUGUAGACAUUAACAGACAUUCAGACAGUAUUUUUUUUCUCACUCAGAGACUUUUAUUUUUCAGCAGGAAGCACUGAGGGUGGGGAACUUCUCGUUUUCUUCUCGUUAAGGCUUAUACGCCCCACGUCUCUUAUUUUUGGUCUCUAUUUCAAACAUUGGUUUUUUUUCUCUUUUUUUCUUAUGUAUUCUGUAAGAAAGGUAUAUCCAAGCCCUUUGUUUAGCAGAGCCAUGUUCUCAUGGGUUUAAAACCGUAUCAUGUUGUUAAUGGACAGAGCAGUGCUACAGUAUGCCUCACUAGGAAAGGGAACUGCAAUCCACUUUUGUUUUUUUAAACAUAAUUUAUAGGUUUUCCACUGUAUUUUCUGUUUGUCAGUUUGCCAUUUUAGUAAUACAACUGACUAAAAUGCCUGAAUAUUAAAUAGUACAUGGGUGAUCUUGGUAAGUGAUCAGUUGCAAUGAUGGAUUUACAGUGAUCUACAUCGGUAGGAGGUCAGUAGUUUAUAUGCAAUAUGACAUCUUCCUGAUGGAUGGCUGGAGCGAUUGUCAUUGAAUGGAGAAGGUCUGGGGAGAAUCUGCUAGUGCUGACUCUUAUUUUCUUUUUGAAAAUGUACUUAGUGUUUGUCUCCCCCCACCCCCUCUUAGUAAGGCAGGUAUUGUGCUGUUGGUCCAGAGGGAGUCCGCUCUCACUGCGGACAUAAGUGGGGUGAAAGACAUGUGACCGUAGUCUGAUGGAGAGCUCGUGUCCUGGAGAUAAUCUGCAUUGUCAUGGCAAACACACUCAUUCUGCCUGGACCACAACACUUUGCAUUUUUAUUCAUGCAACUGUAAUUCUGUUUCUUGGAGCAACUCCUCUUCUGUACGCACUCAAACCCAAAAAGGUUUUAAAGACGAGUGAAAGAGUAACGCAGACUGAAUGACUAACUAGUGCAAGGCUCCGAGUUAUUAACAUUUUCUGCAUCAAGCAAGCACACACAUUUUACAAAAUGGUUUUAAUAGAAGAAUACCAAACCAUGUGGCGAAAAAGUCCUCUGAUCAUUUUAUGCAUGUAAAAUGAUUUCUGCUUUCAAAAUGAAAGAUGUUUUUAUUCUUUGCGUUCAACUAAUAUAUAUUUUUCUUUUGGAUUCUGCCUGACUGUCACGGGGAAGGAAGUAAAGUGUUUAUAUUUUAAAUUUCUCCCAAAUGUUCCAGACAGACCUGCCUGUCUGUGUUUACCCCCCCCAGAUUAAAAACAAAGUGACAAUUCCAGACUGCCCUUUAAAGAUUUUAAAUAUUUAUUGUAAGCACUCAAAACACAGAUAACAAAAUUUGUGUCAAUAAAGUUUAAAAUCCUUCUCCA